AUUUUAAGUCCUAUUUUACGUACUGUGUAUGUGAUAUAAAUUUAUUUCAAACUCUAAGUACAACUGUAAGGAGCGCGUCGGAUCCCUGGGCAUACAACGCAGCGAGAGAAACGAAGAAAGGGAGAGAGAGAAAGAGAGAAAGAUCGUGGGUAAGGGCCAGGGGUGUCAGGGGAUCUCGAGCAACUUGGCACGUCCGUGUACGGAGGCAACAGUGCUGGUGGCAGCACAGACGCUCGUUGAUGAGCGAACAAUUCACUUUGGUGCGCGGUUUCGCGACGUUGUUUCGUCUCAUCGGUGCCGUGAAAUAAGGGUGUGCAUAUGUACGUACGCAACGAAGCGAUAAAAUGUGUCUGUGACAUUUUUACCUGUUCGCUUUUCUUAAGUUAAAACGGUCAAGUGUCGUUGCGGUGGCUCGAAGAGUUCGUGGCUGGUGCGCGCCGUGCGUGCGGUUGAUCGGAGCGUAUACCGCUGUUCUCGUCAAUUUGGUGGGAGAGUGAGAGUGAGAGGGAGGAGGGGUUUCCCGUCCUCCUCUUCUCUCGCUAAAAUCGGCCGGAUUUUUGAACAGGGAGGAAAAACGAAUAAUCUUGAUACAAAAAUAUGGAGAUAUCGAAGAGUUUGCAGGAAGAAAUACUCACUGUGCAAACUAAACUGAAAAAUGCCAUACGCGAUCAUCAGAUCUGCGUGGGCAAACUGAAGGAUGACCCGAACAAUACAGACAUCCUUGGUCAGAUACAAAAGAUUCACUUGCACAUCGUGUCUUUGGGAAGGUGCCAGAAGCAAGUUGUCCAGCGGCUGCGCAAAGAGGUCGAAACAUUCAAAGCGGAGAAUGCGAACGGGGCGAAAGUUUCCAUCGCGUCGCUUCUCGGCUUGAACAACAAUAAUCAUAUUACGAAUAACAAUGAGACAAAACUUAAGACCGGCAAUGACUUCACCACGAAGAGUUCGAAAGAGGACUACGAGGAGAUCGUUAGAAACGGGGAUGUUCUCUUGCCUAGGAGGAAUCCCGCGCCUACCAAGGAACGGCCCAGUUCGGUGGAAACGAUUUCCGGCGAGGAUGACGUUAUUGAGGUUUCUAUGGACGAGAAUUCCAAUGAGAAAUCCGAGAAGGAUGACCCGGAUGAUUGUAAAAUCGAAUCGACCGAAAAAAUUAAUUUCCUAAAUGCUCUUGGUCUCAUUACGACCACAACGUGCGCUGAAUUGCAAAAUAAAAGGGCCGAAAGGAAACGUCGCAGCACCGCUAAUCCGCAAUUUGUUUAUUCCAGUCUCGAAGUGCCAACGAAACGAAAGAGACACUCGUACCUGCAAUCUGGAAAUGUUCCGCAAACUCGUCAAACGACCGCUCGCAUGAAUGGUCCAUCGCCACCUCCUGUAAAAGUUGUGCCACCAAAGUCUACGUCGCCACCAACGCCAAGGACAGUGAUGAAAUCUUUGAUUCCGGUUCAAAAGUCCACCACGCGUCCAAAUAUUCUUAGGAGUGUAACGGAAAGUAAAGUUUUUCCCAAUAAGAAUAAGGUUGAGAAUGGACCCAGUCAGAUUCAGUUGCCAGUACCUACUGUAAAGUCCGUUCAUUCGGUUGGCAACAAGGCGGUUCAUAUACCAGGGUUACCUUCCAGUCUCACUAUCGAGAGGAUCAGCAGUGAUUCAGCAGUCUGUAUAAGUUGUAGGAAUCCAGGUACAUUAACGGUAUGCGAAAACUGUGCAUCAAAUUACCACGUGUCCUGCCAUUCUGUUUCACCGGCACCACCGAGAAUAUGUCCCAAGUGUGCUCUAAUAGAAGAGGAAGAAAUUGAAGACGGUGAUGACGGGGAGGAGGAAGACGGAGGACGCCCAACGUUUAAAAAGGACGAGGAAUUCGCUACAGCAACGCACGCGCCAGGAAUUAUUAGGAAAGCAAGAGAAGACGCAGAGAUCUAUAAAGCGGCUUGUGGACUUCAUAAAACUGAUGCAACUCAGAAAAAGCGGGGAUUCACCGCUUCCAUCGGCAUCAGUCAACUUCCUUCCUCAACUUUCCUCAUCCCAAUCUCCUCCAAUAGCGUCAACCAGUCGGACAUUGGGUCUUCUGCAACAAUCAACAGUGACCAUCGAGAAAGUUCCAUGUCCUACUCCUCCAUCGUCCUCAACCAGCUGCCUCGAUCGAGUAUCGCCUAUAUCGACAGAGCAGAGCCUCAAGUGUCCUACGCCUAUCAGCUACCAGUCACCAGUGUUCAGUCAGAAAAGCAUCAAUCAUACCUUAUCGUUAAAAAAAUCACAGAACCAAUUAGAAGAACGAGUCAGUCUUCCGACGACCAAAAUCACGCCACAGUGCUCAACUAUAAACUGCCAACCACAUCAGGCUACAACUCUCGCAUUCAGACAGAAAUCGCCGUCUCCGACUCCGCUAUGCUCAUUGGUAAACAGUUGUCUGACGCCGUCAGUCGUAACCGUAAGAAGCAAACAAACCGCGCAGUACCCGCCCUCAAUCGGAUCAUCGACGCAGAGAAUCUCUCCAUCACGGCCAAAUAUCAGUUGGAACGAACAAGUCUCAACGGAAGGAAGUCCAGAAGCAGGCAGCCAAGGAAUAAAUUCGGUAUCAAUCAACUGCGAUCUGCCAGAGCCACAGAAAUCCUAUUGCCUUCCUACGAUAGUACAGAAUCCGAUAAACAGCUACAAAUUACAAAAUCAACCGAGCCAGAGGAAACAACCUUGUUCAGUAGUCGUCCAAAGUACAGGCCAAGAACCGGUGGUCUUCUCCACUCAUUGUUCUCAGGCCAUAACAAGUCCUAUAUCCUCACCGAUAAUUCUCGAGAAUCAAGAGACGUCGGCGCAGCUAACAAAGAUAUCUCAGUCGGUCGGCAACAGUUGUAUCAUCAAAGCUACCAGCUGGAAUCAGGCGAACGAAACGAGCCUACGGUCCAAUUACAACGUGGUGCCCUCACAAAAUUCUUCGAGCACGUGAAAUUGGAAGAAGCGCAUAUACCAGCGCCAUCUAGAGCAAAGCUAGUAUACAAAAGCGGUACUACUUCCGAAAGGAAUGAACUCGAAGUUACCGAAAUUGCGGAUGAAGACACAAAUAGUAGCGAAUAUGCCACCAAGACACCUCUGUCAUCCAGCAACUUCGAAGAUGAUUUCGUUGGUCGGGAGAUCAAACAGAACAAUUGGCUCUCGAGCAAGAUUAUAGUGAAGAAAGGACAAAAGAAUGACACGAUUAAGAGCGCUGAAUCGCAUGAUUCUGCUCCUUCAAAGUCAAUCAGAUCGAGCGACUUUGUCACAUAUGAACGUAAACACGGUAAUACGUAUGUGAGAGUUGAAUGUGGACCUGACGACGAGGAGGAUAAUGCAUUGACUGGUACGUUUCCAACCGAUGUAAAUUAUACGAGACGCAUUGGACCCCUGACGGAAAUUGUAUCUGAGAAUCGGAAGGAUCGGCAAGACUCAGCAUCUCUGUGUAACGCACAAAAUAAUUUCUUGGAGCUUCGUAACGAGGUCUCAGUUCCUGAUGAUAAGGCUGAUUCCGAGAGACAAGACUUAUCUAGUGGCAGACGUUCGACCAGCAGCAGCAGCGGUAGCAGUACCAGCAGUAGUAGUACGAGCGACAGCGAUACUCCGGAACAAGCGAUGAACGAUUCUAUUAAGUACUCUCGACGACGAUUAUCCGGAAACGAAUACAAGGAACGUCUGGGCAUUACUGCUGUAUCCCCGGAGAGUAUGCAAGUGCUCGAGCAAUUUGAAUCAGCUAUGCUGGAAACAGGAUGUAGCAAUGCUGCCACUUGCUAG